AUGCGCCCGGCAACCCUGCGGAUCCUGACGCUCAUCGCAGAAUUUUACCACAAGCUCGACUACCACCUCUACCGGCGGCAGAUGCACCAGGACUCGAACCGGCCGAUCGCCAAGCUCGCAGCCGAGCCGGCGGCGCGCUGCGCCGGCUCCGUCUGCGCCAUUGUCUUCGGCCACACGCACGCGGACGAACUGAUGGCCGGCCUGUGGACUGUGGGGACGCAGACGUUUGAGCGGGAUGACCGCCUGUUCGAGGCGUACUUCGCAAGGGAGACAAGGAGUGUCGGGGUGAAGCCUUUGCACGGGCAGAGGCAACUCGCUCGAUCUGUGUAA